UGUAAACUGUACACAUAACCUUUCGGCAUAACCGUUAAACCGUUUCUUCGUUGUAUUUCUGUUCUAUUUUGUAACAGAAGUGAAAAUAGAUAUUUAAUGUUGAAUAUAAAAGUUAUUAACAAGUAUGGCCGGUUUGCAUUUAAUACAGACAUACUCUUCCGACUCAGACGAAGACCAGCAUGAUGAGAAGGGAAAAGAUGAUCAUAAAAUUGUAAACAAGCUAGUCUUACCUGAAAGUAUUUUAUCAUGGAAAGGAGUUACGUAUAAUGAAGAAGUGGUCGAUGAUCCACUGGAUCACGACGGACGGACACGAAGCUUUAAACAUGAGCGUGGUAAUUGGGCAACUCUGAUUUACAUAAACUAUACACCCAGUGAUUGUCUCGACACUUGGAUGAACUCUGUGUUAGAUAAACUGCCUGUCCAAGGCAAUGUCAUAUCUAGUCCACAUAUUAGUCUCAGCCGUACAUUGAUUUUAAAGUUCCAUUGGAUUGAAUCGUUCGUCGAAGGCAUGAAGCUGUUGUGUCGUAGAUCUAAUAAAUUUGCCAUUCAACUCACGGACGUAAGAGUAUACUGCAAUGAAGAGAAAACUCGCACAUUCCUCGGAAUUUAUUGUCAGGAUGAAAAUGGAAUGUUGAAGUGCCUAACUGAAGCUCUUGACAAUUUAUUAGCUGGAUAUCAGUUGCCGUCGUUUUAUAAGGAUACUUCAUAUCACAUUAGUUUCUUCUGGUGCCUUGGAGACAAGCGAGCUUAUUUAAAAGAAAUUCUGCCGUCUCUCACUAGCAGUUUAAAUGAUUUUCUAGUAGAAAAUAUGGAAGACGCUUACGUGCAUGUCAAUGAGAUACAAUGCAAAAUUGGAAAUAAAUGUUAUAACUUUGAACUAAAAUAACAAAUUGUAUAAACUCGGCUAUAAAAUCUAUCUUGGGAAAUUGUACAGCGUUUAUUAUCACAAAGUAAAACUGUCAAUUGCUUCUCUCAA